GUGGGCGGCCUGGAGGUCCUCAAUGGUGAAUUGGGCGGGGUCGAGCGAGGCAGUGUCGAAGUCGUCAUCGGAGGUGGGUGGAGUGGUGUCGUCAGGGGUGAUGUUAUGGAAGAAGUGGGGGGGGGAGGGAGCGGGCGCAUACCGGUGAUGGGGGUGGAGGAGUCGAUCGUGGUGAAGCAUGCGAGAGAGGAGGUCAGCAAGGGGUAUGUCGGGUUCGUGGGCGAGGGCGGUUGCAAGAUCUUUGUGGCAUACUCGCUUGAUGCGGGAGAUGAAUGCAAAGUCGGGAAUGGCGGUGGUGGGGAGGUGGUGGCGGAGGGAGCGGAUGUAUUGGACGAAGCGGUUCGUGGGACCGGUCUGGCGGAGGUGAAAAACUUGUUCGAGGUAGUCAUCGAUGGUUUUCUAGGAGCGGAAGGUGGCAGUGAGAAGGUUGGCCCAUUGGAGGAAGGAGUGACACGGUCCACCGGAGGCGCGGCGGUUGCUGACUUCGGCCAUCCACCAUUUGGCGGUGUUGCCGAGAAGGCGGGAGGUGGCAAUGGGAAGCCAUUGGACAAGGGGCAUGUGGUGGAGCUUGAAAGAGUUUUGGAGCUGAGUAAGGAAGAGGAAAACGUCCUCGUGGGGAAGGCCGGACAAGGGCAUGAUGUCGGCGGAUCAGAAGGAACGGGGGAUUUCCCCUUCGCGGGAAACGAUUCGGGUGAGGGUGUUGAAGUUGAGGUUAUCGGGGGUAGUGUCGUAGCAGGUGUAAUCGAAUUGGCUGUUGUCAUCAAAGGAGGUAGUUGGGGGGAAGUUGUGGCAUUGCGGGGUAAGCCCCGGAGGUGACUUAGGAAUAGGUGGGACGGGGGGCUGUCUCUUAUACACAUCUAGAUGUGUAUAAGAGACAGGAACUCGUAGUGCCCGAAGC